AUGACCCCCCUUCUCAGAGGAACUGCCGCAGCAGCUAUGCUGCUGGCCUUUGGCGUGAAAGCACAAGAAACUACCGUCACGACAACAGCCACCUCAUCUGUAACACAAGCCUGCUCAACCGUCUUGACUCCCUCCUACCCCCCGCCGGUUGUAGCUCCAGGAUGGAAGGCUCAACUAAUCGCCACAGGCCUCUCCAGACCACGCAGCAUCAAAUUUGACGGCAAUGGCGGGCUGCUCGUGAUCGAGGCCAGGAAGGGACUCACGCACCUGGCCUUCACAGAUGACGGGGACACCUGUUUGUCCGUCAAGAGGAACACAACUCUAAUUACAGACGAAGAGCUCAACCAUGGCCUUGAGCUGUCCGAGGACGGCCAGACCAUCUAUGUCUCGACCCAGGAAAACGUCGACAGGUACAGCUACGACGUCAACGCUCUUACCGUUGGCAAUCGGACCCGCCUAGUGACCAACAUGACCAAUCCUGGGGUCGGCCACGUCUCGCGGACCCUCCUCCUAUCCAAGAAGCAGCCCGACCUCCUGCUCGUCUCCCGCGGCAGCGCCACCAACCUCGACCCGCUUGCGGCAGACGAGUCCACCGGCGUCUCCCAGAUCCGCGCCUUCAACAUCUCCAUUUUCAACGUCUCCAACGCCGUCGACCUCGAGCGCCCCUACAGCUACCCUACCGACGGCCUCCUCGUCGGCUGGGGCCUGCGAAACUCAGUGGGCGUCGCCGAGCACCCGCUCACAGGCGGCGUCUACUCGGUCGAGAACAGCGCCGACAAUAUCGUGCGCCUGUCCACCGAUAUUCACGAGGACAACCCCGGCGAGGAGCUCAACUUCCACGGCUUCCUCAACGACACGUCUACGCUCGGCGCCAACCACGGCUACCCGGGCUGCUUCGCCCUCUGGAACACGACCGAUUUCCCCUCGCCCGGCGACCUCACCGUCGGCUCGCAGUUCUCCCUCGACAACAAUGCCACACACAACGACACGGAUUGCGCGCAGCGCACCACCGCGCCACGGCUGACUUUCCAGGCCCAUACCGCCCCGCUCGACAUCAAGUUCCGGGCUUCUGGCGAAGCCGCCUUCAUCUCAUUCCACGGUAGCUGGAACCGCGACAGUCCGGCCGGCUACAAGCUGUCGUACGUCUCCUUCUCGGCCGACCGCGGCGAGCCCACCGAGCCGUCCGACAGCCUCACGGCCGUGAAGGAUGUGAUUACGGCGCCCGACGUAUCGGCGUGCUCGGGCCAGGGCGGGUGUUUCCGGCCCGUGGGGCUGGCGUUUGAUGCCACGGGCGAGAGGCUGUUUGUAUCGAGCGAUGCGACAGGGGAGAUCUGGGUCGUUAUGCGGGACGGGGCGGGCGGUUAUGGCAAUGGCAAUGGCAAUGGGGGUGCGACGGGCACGAGUACUGGGCCAUCCACCGGGACUGGUGUGCCGGGAAGCAGCACGUCUACCGCGGCUGCGACGGCUGGGUUGCGGUAUCAGGGUGUCGGUGGGGCGGGGUGGCUGAUAGUUUCGCUGACGGCGUUCAUGAUGGCCGCCGGAGGGUUGGCCCUCGUGGGUUGA